ACCCUAAUUUCUUCGUCUUCCCCAAAUUUUUUUUCUCUCAGCCCAAAAAAUCGAACCGUAAAUCGCUAUAAUUCACAAAAAAAUUGCAUGUAUAACGAUUUUUAAGGUUUGUGUAUGUUUUGAGAAAAAUGAUCAAAAUGGAAAGUAGGUUUUAGUUUUUGGGGGAUUUUAUCGGGCUUUUGGAUUUUCUGGUGUUAGAUUGUUUUUUUUGAUUGAUUAAUGCGUGUUUGAUUUUUUUAUGAUUUUUUUUUAUUUUUUUGGGGGUGAAUUUUUAGGGCUUUUGGAUUUUGGGGUGUUGAUUGGAUCUGGUUAUUGGUUAAUGUGUGUGUGAAUUUUUUUCUAAUUUUUUUUUUGGAUUUUGGGGAAAUGGCAAAUGGUUCUAGGAUGAAGCGUGAAUUUGCGAUGAUGAUGAAGGCACAAUCAGGUUGGGAUAUAGGUGUAGGUACAAAGAGGAGUACAAGGUCGCCACAGGUGAGUCAGAAUAAGGAUGGGAAUGUUAAGGAUUCGGCGAAAAAGAGGAAGAAAGAGGUGAAAAAUGGUGAGAGCAAUGAGGAUUUGGUGAAUUCGAAGGAUGAAAAUGUGGUUUUGAUGAGCGAGGAUUUGUCAAAAUCGAAGGAGGUUGGUGUUGGUGAGGAAUUGGAGGGGGGAAAUGUGGUUUUGAUGAAUGAGGAGUUGCCGAAAUCGAAGGUUGUUGGCGUGGAGGAGUUGGAGGGUGGUGAUGGAGGGGAUAAAAGUGGUGAAAAUGUGGUUAUGGUGAGUGAUGAGUUGUCGAAUUCGAAGGUGUUUGGUGAGGAAUUGGAGGAAAAUGUGGUUUUGAUGAGUGAGGAUUUACCGAGUUCGAAGGUUGAGGUUGGUGGUGAGGAAUUGGAGGAGUUUGAAAGAGAUGGAAUUGUGAAGAGGGAUGAAAAUGUGGUUUUGAUGAAUGAGGAGUUGUCGAAAUCGAAGGUUGUUGUUGAGGAGUUGGAGAGUGAUGGAGGGGUUAAAACGGAUGGAAAUGUGGUUUUGUUGAGUGAUGAGUUGUCGAAGACGAAGGUUGUUGUUGGCGAGGAGGAGUUGGAAAGUGGUGACGGAGGGGUUAAAGGGGCUGAAAAUGUGGUUCCGAUGAGUGAUGAUUUGGCGAAAUCGAAGGUUGUUGGUGGUGAGGAGGAGUUAGAGGGUGAUGGAGGGGUUAAAAGGGGUGAAAAUGUGGUUUUGUUGAGUGAAGAGGAGGAGCCGAAGAGCGAUGUGGUGGAUUGUACGAGUGAGGAUGAGAAGAAAGAGAAGAUGGAUGUAGACGUUGUUGGGUGUGGAGAAGAAGGGAAUGCUAAGACUGAAAUGGAUAAAACAGCGAAAGCGAAUGAUGGUUUUGAUGAAGCAAUGGCUGAUGUUGUUGUUCCUGAAUUAGCUGUUACUGCUCAGGGUGAUGGUGAAGACGAGCAAAAAUGUGGAGAUGGUGGUAAGAGUGAAAUGGGUAAAACAGGGAAGGCGAGUGAUUGCGUUGUUGGAGCAAUGCCGGAAGUUGUUCCUGAAUUAGCUGUUACUGUUGAGGGUGGUGAAGAAGAUGUACAAAAAUGUGGAGAUGAUACGAUGGCUGAAGUGGCUAAAACAGGGAAGACUAGUGAUUGCAUUGUUGGAGCAAUGCCUGAAAUUGUUCCUGAAUUAGCUGUUACUGCUGAGGAUGACGGUAAAGAUGAGCAAAAGGUGUUGUUGCAGACGCCUGCGAGGCGGUUUACUAGGUCUGCUUUGAAAAUAGAAGGGGAUGCUAAGGUAUCUCAGUGCGAUACUGUUAAGGUUGAUGAGGUUCAUGAAACUGAUCCUGCAGGAACUAUGUCUGCCCCUGCAAAGUUGGAGUUGAAGAUGUCCAAGAAGGUUGCACUGAAUAAAAAUCCCUCAAAGUUGAAAGAUCUUCUUGAAACAGGUUUGCUGGAGGGUUUAACUGUUCGCUACAUUCGUGGCUCAAAGGGGAGAGGGCGUCCUUCAAAAGGACUUCACGGAGAGAUUAGAGGGUUAGGAAUAUUGUGCUUCUGUGAUAACUGUCGUGGGACAUCUGUUGUUACACCAAAUCAAUUUGAGCUCCAUGCGCACAGUGCCAACAAACGUCCACCAGAAUACAUCUACUUGGAUAAUGGAAAAUCUCUGAGGGAUGUAUUAAGUUUGUGUAAAGAUGUUCCUUCUGAUGAACUGGAAAUAGUGAUAAAAAAUGCCAUUGGGACUGCAGACGCCAACUUAGUUGCUUCAGCAAGCAAGACUGCGCAGGAGAUUAAAUCUACCUCUGGGCAAAGUAGUGAAGCUAGCAGCAGGCCCACUUCAUCUGUGUCUGCUACAAAGUUGACCGAUCGAAUGCCCUCGGGCAGUGGAAGUCAUAGCAAAGCUCACGGAAAGUUAACUAGAAAGGACCUGCGCAUGCACAAACUUGUAUUCGAGGAUGAUGCACUUCCUGAUGGAACUGCAUUAGCAUAUUAUGUCCGUGGACAGAAACUGCUCGAGGGUUAUAAGAAAGGUCAUGGAAUUUACUGCUUAUGUUGCGAUACUGAGGUCAGCCCUUCACAGUUUGAGGCUCAUGCAGGUUGCGCUUCACGUCGGAAGCCUUAUUUGUACAUAUAUACUUCCAACGGAGUGUCUCUGCAUGAGUUGUCUAUUAAACUUUCAAAAGAACGAAGGUCUUCAGCUGAGGAAAAUGAUGAUCUCUGCUCUAUAUGUGCUGAUGGAGGGGACCUCCUGUGCUGUGACAAUUGUCCAAGAGCUUUUCAUGCAGAGUGUAUUUUUUUGCCAAGUAUUCCCUCGGGUACCUGGUAUUGUAAAUACUGUGAAAAUAUGUUUGCAAAAGAAAGAUUCGUUGAGAAUAAUGCUAAUGCUAUAGCUGCUGGGAGGGUUGCUGGAAUUGAUGCCAUCGAGCAGAUAACAAAACGAUGCAUUCGGAUUGUGGAAACUUUAGAGACUGAAGUUACUGUUUGUGUACUCUGCAGGGAUAAGGAUUUCAGCAAAUCAGGAUUUGGCCCACGGACAGUAAUUAUUUGUGAUCAGUGUGAGAAGGAGUAUCAUGUUGGGUGUUUGAAGGAGCACAACAUAGAUGACUUACAGGAAUUGCCAAAAGAUAAGUGGUUUUGCUGCACAGAUUGCAAUAGAAUUCACUUUGCUCUGGAAAAGCUGGUAUCAGAUGGAGAACAGAACAUUCCUGAGUCUCUGUUGAAAGUCUUGAAGGAAAAGAACGAAGGAAAAGAUCCAGAGAAUAACUCCACUCUUGACAUUAAAUGGCGUCUGCUAAGUGGAAAAAUGUCAUCUGAAGAAACAAGGGUCUGGCUUUCCAGUGCUGUUUCAAUUUUCCAUGAACAAUUUGACCCAAUUGCUGAUGCAAGUACUAGCCGUCUAGAUUUGAUCCCGCACAUGGUCUAUGGAAGGAAUUUCAAGGACCAAGAUUAUGGAGGGAUGUUCUGCGCAAUAUUAUUGGUCAAUUCAUUGGUUGUUUCAGCUGGCAUUAUUCGUAUUUUUGGGAAGGAAGUGGCAGAGCUCCCUUUAGUUGCAACAAGUGCUAAAUGUCAAGGACAGGGUUACUUUCAAUCUCUGUUUUCUUGUAUGGAGAACCUUUUGCAAUCCCUGAAUGUAGAAAAACUUGUACUCCCCUCAGCAGAAGAGGCAAAGUCAAUCUGGACAAAUAGAUUUAACUUUACGAAGAUCACAGAAGAACAGCUGAAGGACUAUCGGAAAAAUUACCAGAUGAUGGUUUUCUCCGGAACAUCCAUGCUGCAGAAGCAAGUCGGGGGUUCUCAGUGUGAUAAUUAUUAAGCCUUAGGGCCUUACAAUUGACAUUUAGAAGAUGGAAUGUGCACAUAUUAUAUGGAAAAUGGUUUCGCUUUAUAUAGCUAUCCAAGGCAACGGAUGUACAGCGCGCUCUAGUUUCAGUUUUGGUGGCGGUAUAUAUAGGGGAAUAGUAUAGUGGUCCAUAUGUGUUUACUCCUGGGAAUGUUACAUCAGUUGUUCGCCGGAGCCAUUGUUCGGAAUCAUUGGAUUUUCUCGGUUUUGGGAGUUGUUUGCCCAAACUGUGAAAUUUUCUGCAGGAUUUAGCUAUAGUAGUGGGUUUUACCUUUGCUUUCUCCCAAAUGAGAAGGUUCAGUGCUGCUGUAAUGGCUCCAAGUUUUGCUACAUUAACAAUUGAAAAGUUGCCUUGGUUUACA